UGCGUCCAUUUUUCUGGUCGAUUUGUCCGAUUUCUUAGUAGUUGUGUCGAUAAAUUAUCGAUUACAAACGCAAUCAGCAAACUCGGCGAAACUUUGCAUUAAAUUUUUGUUGUCAAUUUGCAAAGCGAAACAAGAUGCCUGGAAUUGAAACAAUUAAAUCAAGUUGGGCCGAUGAGGUGGAGCUGGACUAUGGCGGUCUUCCACCAACAACGGAAACGAUUGAGAAUGGCCACAAAUAUGUUACCGAAUACAAAUACAACAAGGACGAUAAGAAGACGAAAGUGGUGCGCACAUAUAAAAUAACCAAGCAGGUGGUGCCAAAAACUGUUGCGAAGCGCCGCACCUGGGCUAAAUUUGGUGAAUCAAAGAAUGACAAGCCCGGUCCCAAUUCGCAGACGACAAUGGUGUCCGAGGAUAUCAUCAUGCAGUUCAUCAACUCCAAGGAGGAUGAAAAGGCCAACGAUCCGCUGUUGGAUCCCUCCAAGAACAUUGCCAAGUGCCGUAUUUGCAAUGGCGAGCAUUGGUCGGUCAAUUGUCCAUACAAAGGCACCGCCAUGGAUACGAAUCUUAUGGAGAAGAAGGCCGCUGCCGCUGCCUCCGCGGCUGUCGAUGCACCCAAGUCGGGCAAAUAUGUGCCACCAUUUCUCAAGGAUAGCCAAAAGGGCGGCAUGGGCAUACGGGGACGGGACGACACUGCUGCCAUUCGCAUUUCCAACUUGUCCGAGUCGAUGACCGAGGCCGAUCUGGAGGAGCUGGUGAAAAAGAUUGGACCGCAGAGCAAGAUGUACCUGGCCCGCGAUAAGAACACCGGCCUCUGCAAGGGAUUCGCCUACGUUCACUUCAAACAGCGUAAGGAUGCGGCCGCGGCCAUCGAAAUACUAAACGGUCACGGCUACGACCACUUGAUCCUCAGCGUUGAAUGGUCCAAGCCGCAGAACACAUAGUGUGGGAUAGGCCCGGUUGCCUGUGGAAAGGAUUUGAACCUUAAAAAAUAUUUCACAUUGUAAAAAAUAUUUAGAGCUUAACUCCGCAAAAUAAAUAAAUGUCGAGUUCAGUUCUUCAUCCUCUGUUUUAUUUAA